AGGUAUGUUUGGGUAAGGAGAGCCAUUGAGAAGAUGUAUAAGUGGUGAUAUCGUGACGCGCUCCAUUCAGUGCGAGCCGAGUGAGAGCAAAGGAGGUUCUCCACAUCUGGACUCUGCUUUACACCAAAAUGCACAAUAAUUUUCACAGUAAAGGUUGAGAACAACUGAGGGAUCAUCACCGAGCAGCAAAGGGCUUUCCCUGUUCCCUGAGAUCCUCAUAGUGCCAAAGAUGAAAGGCUGCCUAUACUGGCUAAUUAUGCGCAAGGAAAAAUAAUCAGUUCUCUGACAUUUGUGGAGAAGAAGGUGUGCGCUUUUGGCACCAUGGAGGACAUCAUUUGGUCUUUCAAUGAGACAACUAGAAACUCCAGCGUCACCAAUGAAACUUACGGCGUGAACCCCCUGAAGCGGAACGAAGAGGUUGCAAAAGUGGAAGUUACUGUACUGUCUUUGGUGCUCUUCCUGGCACUCGCCGGUAACCUUUGCGUCCUUAUUGCAAUCCACACCGCCAAGCACAGUCAAUCUCGCAUGUAUUACUUCAUGAAGCACCUCAGCAUCGCAGACUUGGUCGUGGCUGUCUUCCAGGUUCUUCCUCAGCUCAUCUGGGACAUCACAUUUCGCUUUUAUGGGCCAGACAUACUGUGCAGGUUGGUGAAAUAUCUUCAGACCGUUGGGAUGUUCGCCUCAACGUACAUGCUGGUCUUGAUGUCCAUAGACAGAUGUAUGGCAAUCUGUCAGCCACUCCGUUCUUUACACAAGCGAAAGGACCGUUGUUACGUGAUUUGUUCGUGGGCACUGAGCUUACUUUUUAGCAUCCCACAGGUUUAUAUUUUCUCCUUACGUGAGGUGGGUCCAGGAGUAUAUGAUUGCUGGGGAGAUUUCGUGCAGCCAUGGGGAGCGAAAGCCUACAUUACAUGGAUUAGUCUGACAAUAUACAUCAUACCAGUGACCAUUCUGAGUGUCUGCUACGGACUUAUAAGCUUUAAAAUAUGGCAAAACUUUAAAAGGAAGACGAAGAAGGAGCCGUGUAUCACUCUCACAACCAAAGCGUCGAAAAGCAGCGCGCUCACGCGGGUCAGCAGCGUCAAACUUAUUUCCAAGGCCAAAAUCACCACUGUUAAAAUGACCUUUGUCAUCGUACUGGCUUAUAUAGUGUGCUGGACUCCGUUUUUCUCCGUACAGAUGUGGUCAGCAUGGGAUCCUGAAGCACCAAGGGAAGCAAUGCCCUUUAUCAUCUCCAUGCUGCUGGCCAGUCUGAACAGCUGCUGUAACCCCUGGAUCUACAUGUUUUUUGCUGGCCAUCUCUUCCAUGACCUUAAGCAGAACCUGCUUUGCUGUUCCACGCUCUAUCUGAAGUCCUCUCAAUGCCGCUAUGAUCCGGAGCAAGAUUCCCGUAAGAGCAACUCCUCCACCUAUGUCAUCAAAAGUACCAGCAGCCAGCGGAGUAUCACCCAGACCUCCGUCACAUAAACCAGAUGUACCUCAAAGCCUUUUGUUUGCUUCACAAUUUGAAAGUCAGAUGAAGGACAAGAAAGCUAAAAUGUAAAGCCACACAAGACUGCAGUGCAAGCUAAAUGUCACACUCGGUUUCCUUCGGCUGUGUUUUCGUUUGGGAAUCAUUCAGAAUGUCACUUUAAUUACUCCACUUCUUUUCCGCCCGUAUUCUUAUCUCUGAGGACAUUGAGCAUGCACAGUCUUUAGUUCCUUACCUUCAUGUAUUGUGUUUCUAAACAUUACAGAGGGAUCGUUGUUCGAUUCUGACCAUGUUUAUGUCUAGUCACACGUCUUCGUCGUUUUAAUUGCUAUCUAGUUGUGCAUACACAUUCCGUUUGGCCACAUGAAUGUGUCUUGGUGCUGGGCACCAACAUUUGCGGUGCUUGAUGUAGGCCUAGCUCAUGAAAGCAGGAUGUGGGGGAAUUAGCUCUGAUGAUUUUGGGACAAAACAUAACAGCUGUUAUGUGCCGCAUAAAAUCUUCGUUCACUGACACAGAUCUGUUUAGGAGGAGCAAAGUUUGCACACAGCUAGAUGGAUUUACACUUGGCCGGUUCUCAAGCCACCAGAUCGGAUUUCUGUCGGUCUUAAAUGUGUCUUUGAGUGUCCAAGUGUAAAUACCCCCGAUGUGAUGUAAACAUGUAAAAACCCCUGAACCUUUUCCUGAAAAAAAUGACAUCUAUCACUCAACCUUAUGGUUAAGAAAAAAAAAGGAAAGAAAAGCAUUGAAAAGUAAUAACUUUUUCACUACCUGUUGACACUUUGUACUGAA